AGAUUGGUCGACUUUUCGCCUUUCAAUUCACGAAGCCUGGCUCGUUCAGUACCCUUCUCAACUCAAUGCUGAUAACGAGGCAUUUAGGCAGACCCAAUCAAACGUGACCAACACGCUGCCCAACGACGUGACAUUGGCCGUUACAUCAGGAUUCAUCCAGCAACUCCGUUUGCGUGUUCUACUGUGACUGACCACCGUGCCGUGCUCGAUUGAACGACAUCACAGAGGCUGAUCAUAAUGCCUACUACCCAAGCCAUUUUUCAGAUUGUCACGCCUGCCGCAGCCUGUCAGCAGCUCGACGACGCUACUUCCAACUGUGAUCAGCAGAUAAAGACCAUUGUGACAACUUCCACAACUUUCACAAAUACAACGACCAAGAAGCGGGUAAACUUCUGCAGCAGCUGUGUAGAGCCUGCAGUCAUCAGACGAGACUUUGCAUUCUCACCAGAUGAUCCACGAUACUGGCUACGCGCCGGAGCUUCCGAGGGUGAUGAACAGCAGAGCACGACUGUCGGAAGCGCCAGGCAGAAACCGAAGCGGAAACACUCUAUCACGAUCAAGAAACCUUCGUAUCGGAAGACUGAAAUAUCUCCAAGAAAAGGCGGAACGUCUCACAAAGAUUCAGCGUCCAAAAGAAAUGCCAUGGCAGUAACCUCGACGGGGAUAGAACGGCCUCCUACACCUUUUCCGACACUCGAACGCCAGAUUGGCAGUCAAUUGCUGCUGCAGAAGAGCAUCACCCUGUUCAAACAUGCCGCGUCAAGGGUCGCGAACUAUAGGCCAUCCUCUGCGCUUUGGUUCUAAUGCACGAUGCUGUCAAGGAAAUGCAAGCGAGAGAAGCUUUCUUGCUGAAGAAGCAGGGCAGUGGAGUAUGAACAAUGGAUCUCUGCUUCAGGCUCGCAGACAGAUUCAACACGAGAUCGGUAACAACCAACUCUAUCUGUUUCAUGCUUCCGGUACUUGCCACUGUAUCCGAGACGAACUCUCGAAUCGAAGAACGUUUCAUGAAGGGACCAUGCCAAGGCUGUUGAAGUGCUGAGUCCCAGAUCUGCUUCACACCACCCC